GAGGGUGAAAGACUGGGGUUGUGAUGCACUUCAGAACAGCCAACUGGCGCUCUGGGUCAGCUGCCUGAUAUUGGGGCAGGAUGCGAUAUGAAGGCUGACGCCAGAGUGUCAAUGGGAUGAAAGGCUGCUCGAAAUUCUCUGGUUUCGAUGAAGCGUGCCGGUUGUUUGUCCUGCUGAAGUCGGCCAUGUUGGUGACUGACGAUUGAUUACAGGGCAGUGUUCGCUCGGGGCCGUGGCCGCUUCCAUGGGGCUGCGCUCCUCACACGCUCUUUGGGUUAGGAGGAGUUUCCUAGGUUGCCACUUCGAUUUUUAUUUUGCAUAAAAGUUUAAAACAGCGAAGGAAAGCAGUGCGUCUGGUGCUUAACUCAAGGAGCGGAAUGUUUUCUAAAAAAACUCACGGCGACGUGAAGAAAUCGACACAGAAAGUCUUGGAUCCGAAGAAAGAUGUCCUGACUAGAUUAAAGCAUCUGAGGAUUGUCAUAGAAAACUCUGAACCAAAUGAUUUAAAGCCAUUCUUCGAUCAAACAUAUUCACACAUUUACUAUGUUUUCUUUGAAAACUUUGUGACCAUUGAAGCCAAUCUAAAGCAAAAAGGUCAUAAAUCACAGAGGGAAGAAUUGGACUCUAUUCUUUUUAUUUUUGAGAAAAUUUUGCAGCAUCUUCCAGAAAGAAUUCAGACGAGAUGGCAGUUCCACAGUAUAGGCUUGAUUUUAAAGAAACUCCUUCAUGUUGGGAACUCGCUGAAGAUUCGAAGGGAAGGUGUACGCCUCUUUUUGUUGUGGAUGCAAGCACUCCAACAUAAUUGCACUGAAGAACAACUACUGAUUUUUGCCUGUCUUAUUCCUGGCUUUCCAACUCUGCAAUCUGAGCAUGGGCCUCGAACACUAGACAAUCUAAUUAACUCUCCACUUCAUCUUCAGGAAACUCAAGUUACUCCAGAAGAAAUCACUCCUCUUGUCCCCCCACAAUCAGGAGAUAAAGGACAAGAUGAUCUUACAAGCUAUUUUCUUGAUGCUCUGCUAAAAUAUAUGGUAAUCCAGGCAAAGGGAUUAGAAUGGAAAGACAAAGGAAAUCAGGAGAAAGGGUUUGCAUUCUUAUUUGCAAAUUUCAAGAAGUACUAUCUGCCUCACAUAUUUCCCAACUUUUCAAGAGAGACCAGCUUAUUUAAUCCAAUACUUGACAUACCACAAUUAAGAUCAAAGCCAUAUUAUGUGAUAACAAAGAAAGACCCAGAAACUAACGAAGCAACUUAUUGUACUAAAGAUGCAUUUUUGUCAGCUCGUGUUUCUGUCAUCCGCUGGUUAGUAUCUUUCUGGUUUGAGCCAAAAGUUAAUCCAGGACUUCAGAUUCCUGGAAUUGAAGGGGAAAAUGUACCAAAGAACAUUCAGAGAGCAGCUGCUGGUUUGGCUGCUCGGGAGGAGAACUCUUGUCGUGCAGACUCUGGAGAUGGUAACACAGAACUGGAACAGUCCCAUUCUAAUACCAGUACCUUAACUGAGCGAGAACCUAGUUCAUCUAGUCUGUGUAGUGUUGAUGAAGAACAUCUAACAGACAUUGAAAUAGUGCGGAAAGUUUUUUAUUCCUCAAGGGAGAAUGUCAACUUUAUUAUUGAAGUUUUUCGACAGGCUUUUCUGCUGCCUAUCUGUGAAGCUGCAGCCAUGAGAAGAGUUGUUAAGGUUUAUCAGGAGUGGAUUCAACAAGAAGAUAAGCCUGUAUUUAUGAAAGAGGCUGAAGACUUGGGUUAUUCCCCUUCAACAAGUGUUAUCAAUUUAGAUAGUACUGGAGAACAUAGAAGUCCUUAUCCAUCGGAACAAAAGGAGGAGGCUGAGGAUAAAGCAACCAAAGUGCCAGGCCAUGUUAGGAAUCCAAGCUGGACAAGAAAUUCAUCCUACCAGAAUGCGAUUAACAAAGCACCUGAAUUGGAGGAAGAAGAAGAGAGAAAUGUAUAUGCUGGCAUUCAAGCAUCAUUGCAGGUUUUUAUAACCAACUCUGCAAAUAUAUUGCUACUGGAACCUGCCAAUGAAAUUGGGGCUCUUUUGGAUGAACAUGUGGAUAUGUGUAAACGUGUUCUUAACAUCUACAGAUACAUGGUUGUCCAUACAACUAUGAACAAGAAAACCUGGGAGCAGCUGUUGCUGAUUAUGUUGAGGAUUACAGAAUCUGUUAUGAAACGACCACAGCAAGCUCUGCCACUCUCUCAAGGGAGAAAAAAUUCUUUGUUAGCAGGACGACUUGCUACACCACUCUUUCGGACACUCAUAGUAGCCUGGAUCAAAGCAAACUUGGAUGUGUAUGUUUCCCGGGAGCUAUGGGAUGAAUUAUUGGUGGUUUUGUCAUCACUUACAUGCUGGGAAGAACUGAUCACUGAAUGGGCAAUGACAAUGGAAACUUUGACCAAAGUGUUAGCUCGAAACUUGUACAACCUAGACUUGCAUGAUCUACCUUUAGAUAAAUUGAGUGAACAAAAACAGAAAAAACACAAAGGAAAAGGUGGCAGUCAUGGAUGUCAGAGGACUGCAGUUGAUAAAUCAUUUUCAAGAGGUUGGAGCCGUGAUCAACCUGGACAGGGUCAAAUGAGACAGCGAAGUGCGACGACUGCUGGUUCUCCUGGAACAGAAAAAGCAAGAAGCAUAGUACGACAGAAAACUAUAGAUCUUGAUGAUGCCCAAAUUAUGGCACGGCCUACUCGAAUAAGGCAUUAUUCUCAGAGUGAAGAAAAUACCUCUGAAGUAUUCAGCACUGCACGUGAAGAUCAGGCAAUGCCACGAAGCAGCAGCACAUCAGACAUAAUGGAACCAUUCAUAGCUGAAAGAGCUAAAGUCAACAAGGAGGAGCCUAAUCAAAAACCUCGACCUUUCAGCACUGAUAUUGGAAAUAGUAGUAAUCCCAACAUUAGUGAUCUUAUGGAUGAGUUUAUAGCGGAAAGAUUACGAACUGGUACUUCAGUGAAUAUUUUGAGAAGGGGAAGCAGUCCUGGUAGUUUGGAAGUGCCAAAGGAUCUUCCUGAUUUGCUGAACAGACAGAAUCAGACACGACCUGUUGAUGACCCUGGAGUCCCAUCUGAGUGGACAUCUCCAGCCAGUGCUGGAAGUAGUGAUCUUGUUAGUUCUGAUAGCCAUUCAGAUUCUUUCAAUGCUUUUCAAUAUGAUGGACAAAGAUUUGAGAGCUUUCAUUUUGGCAGUGAAACGAUUUCUACCUUAUACACUGAAGCAGAUUCAGGACCUCCACGACAAAAUGCUGAAGAACAAGAAUUGGCAAGUUUAAAUGUUCUGCAUAUUAAUUCUGAAACAAGCAGUCUCAAUCUACAGACAGCAUCUGCUGACACAGUCACAAUUACAGGCUCUGAGAGUGCUUCUCCAACUCACUCAAAUGCCUGCUCAAGAUCACAGACACCUUCUCCAUCCACCUUAAAUGCUGAUCCAGUAGAUCAAAAAGAUUUGCCAUUGGAUGAAAAAUUGCAUCAUUCAGUCUUGCAAACUCCGGAUGACUUGGAGAACAGUGAGUUUCCAAAUGAAGACUGCAGUGUGAUGGCAGGUGGGAGUCUCAAAGGAUGGCAUGAAGAUGUUGCCACAGUUAUGUGGAGACGAAUGCUUGGCAUUUUGGGUGAUGUGAACUGCAUUAAGGAUCCUGAAAUUCACGCACAAGUCUUUGACUAUUUGUGUGAACUCUGGCAGAAUUUGGCCAAAGUGAGGGAUAACCUUGGAAUUACAAUAGACAAUCAGACAUCCCCACCUCCUUCAGUUUUGAUACCACCUCUCAGAAUUUUAACUCCAUGGCUUUUUAAGGCAACAACAUUACCAGAAAAAUACAAACAAGGAAAGCUUCAUGCUUAUAAGCUUAUCUGCAAAAUUAUGAAGCGCCGUCAAGAUGUUUCACCCAAUUCUGAUUUCUUGGUUCACUUCUAUAAUAUUAUGCACAGUGGGCUCCUCAAUCCUGAUCAGGAUAUAGUGAAUACCAUCAUCAAACAUUGUUCUCCAAGGUUCUUUUCUAUUGGGUUGCCUGGUGCUACCAUGCUAAUCUGGGACUUUAUAGUUGCUGCAAGCAAAGUAACAUUCUCCUCUUCACUCAAUGCACCAAGAGUUGAAGCUCAGAUUCUUCUGGGUUCUUUAGUCUGUUUCCCAAAUUUAUAUGAUGACCUCCCUACAUUACAACCUUCUCUUACUGAUAUUUUAUCCACAAAAUGUAAUGAUGUUAAGGAGCUUGUAAUUAAGAGCAUUUUAAAGUCAGCAAGGGAAGAACCUUCAGGGCCAGCUAGAUGUGUUGCACUUUGCAGCCUUGGCAUUUGGCUGUGUGAAGAGUUAGUACAUGGCACUCAUCAUCCUCAAAUCAAAGAUGCUCUUAAUGUAAUUUGUGUGACCUUAAAGUUCCCAAACAAAACUGUCGCACAAGUGGCUUGUGAUAUUUUACAUCUAUUGAUCAAUUAUGUGGACAAGCUCCAGAAUUAUCCACCAGAUUCUCCAAAAAAGAUACUUGAGAUUUUGAUGGCAACAAUUACCUACCUAUUGCCGAGCACUGAAGUAUCUCCACAUGAACAAGAUAAAAGGCUGGUAGUGUCUUUAUUGCUGUGCCUUUUGGACUGGUGUAUGGUGCUGCCUUUAAAAACAUUGCUGCAAGUUGUCCAAGCUGCAGGACAAGAUAAGAACAAUUCAGACAAAUCUAUUCUCAGUUGUAUUUACAAGGUGCUGCAUAGCUGUGUGUAUGGAGCUCAGUACUUAAGUAAUCCUAGAUACUUUCCUCUGAGCUUGUCAGAUCUAGCCUCUGUUGAAUAUGAUCCAUUCUUACAUUUGGAAAGCUUGAAAGAACCAGAGCCUUUGCACUCUCCUGAUUCUGAACGCUCAUCAAAACUCCAGACGGUCACAGAGGUGAGGAGUCGCAUACAGCAAGGUUUGAUUUCAGUCGCUGCCCGGACUGUGAUAAUACAUUUGGUAAAUCAUGUUGGCCAUUAUCCAUUGAGCGGUGGCCCAGCAAUGCUGACCAGUUUGAUAAGCGAAAGCCAUGACAAUCCCUUUACUGACUGUGCUGAACUUUCCCCAGAACUUUUUGAGAAUCCAAACCUCCAGUUUUUUGUGCUGAACAGUUCUACUCUUAUUUCAUACUUGGAAAUCCCUAUUGAGGGUAAUAUUCCAGGAGGAGGGAUGUCAGCUGGACUCUCAACAGCUACCUCAAAUGUUAGAGUGGUGAUGCGUGAUAUAUCUGGUAAGUACUCCUGGGAUUCUGCAAUUCUCUAUGGACCACCUCAUUGCUGUCAACAAAGGCAAAUUGCUCACAAGUUCACAAAUCUUCAUGAAGAACAAAUGGCUGAAUCAGUCUUCAAAGAGACAGAAAUUACUGAUGUUGACUUAAGUGAAUAUUUGGUACCUCAAACAAAAAGAAGAUGCAGAGAAAUGGUGCCAUCAUGGGAUGUAAUUCAUGAUGAUGAAGAUGCCUUGGAUGAGAUGUUGCAAUAUCUGGGUUCCACCAGUCCAGAAUGCCUGCAGAGAGCUGGAGUGCAGCUUAACAUCCCGGCUCCCCCUCCAGUUUGUAUUUCAGAAAAACAGGAAAAUGAUGUGAUCAAUGCAAUCCUAAAACAGUACACUGAAGAGGAAGAAUUUGUGGAGAAGCAUGGCAAUGACCUGAAUAUGAAAGCAAUGGAGCAGGAAGAACCAUCCCCACAAGAACCACAGUCUGUCUUUUACUACUGCAGGAUGCUGUUAAAUAUUCUUGGCAUGAAUUCUUGGGACAAAAGGACUACUUUCCAUCUUCUAAAGAAAAAUGAAAAGCUGUUGCGAGAACUAAAAAACCUGGACUCUAGGCAAUGUCGAGAAACGCACAAAAUAGCGGUGUUUUAUGUUGCUGAAGGACAGGAAGAUAAGCACUCCAUUCUGACAAAUACUGGAGGAAGCCAAUCCUAUGAGGACUUUGUGGCAGGUCUUGGUUGGGAGGUAAACCUUACCAAUCAUUGUGGUUUCAUGGGCGGAUUACAAAAAAACAAGAGCACUGGACUAUCGACUCCAUAUUUUGCUACCUCUACUGUAGAAGUAAUGUUUCAUGUAUCUACAAGAAUGCCUUCUGAUACAGAUGAUUCUUUAACUAAAAAGUUAAGGCAUCUAGGGAACGAUGAAGUACAUAUAGUUUGGUCAGAACAUACAAGAGACUACAGAAGAGGAAUCAUUCCAACAGAGUUUGGUGAUGUCCUUAUUGUUAUAUACCCAAUGAAAAACUAUAUGUUCAGUAUCCAUGUAAUGAAGAAACCUGAGGUACCGUUUUUUGGCCCACUUUUUGAUGGAGCAAUUGUGGAUGGAAAAGUCUUACCUUGUCUAGUACGAGCUACAGCAAUCAAUGCAAGUCGAGCACUGAAAUCGCUAAUUCCACUUUAUCAAAAUUUCUAUGAGGAACGAGCUCGAUACCUCGAAACAAUUGUACAACACCACCAAGAGCCAACUACUUUCGAGGAUUUUGCUGCGCAAGUCUUCUGUCCAGCUCCUUGCCAUCAUUUACCAUCUGACUCAGAAAACAUUGGGCUCAUCAAGGUAAAGGGCAAAGGCUUGAAACGGAAGGUCAUUCACGCUAGCUAUGAAUGGCUCAUGCCCAGAGAAUCAACAGGCCGAAAGUCCUGCAGCACAGGGGGUGGACGGGAUCGACUUAGCCUCUCCAAUGUCACCUCGUGCUAGCAAGAGUCGUAUGUCUAUGAAAUUGCGGCGUUCUUCUGGUUCAGCUAAUAAAUCCUAAUGACCACAUUAUAACAAAUAAUUACACUCUAAUUCCUCAGAACUAGCCUUGCAAAUAUGUGUGUUCUUUUUCUAUUAUGUUGCUGCUUAAACCAAAUGUUUUGCUCUCUUGCUAAUUAUUAGAUAUCUAUUUGCCACUCCAUAUUCAUUUGAAACCUGUUCCUUGUAAACUAUUUUUUUAUUAAGAACACUGGAGUUCUAUUUUUAGCUUACAAAAUAUAUAUUUUAGCAAUCUAUGCUUUGUUGUACAGUGCAGCUUCCCUACGUCCACUUAAUUACUUACCUGUAUAUUUACUGCACUUUCAAUGAAAAGCAUUUUCUUGUCCCAUUGUAUUUGGCUAGUUAAACUGAAUGCCCCAUUAGUUAUUUGGGAUUGUCUUUUUGAAAUUAUGAUACUUACUUUUAUGUACAUUAUCUACUUUGUAAAUAGUUUUGAUUUUUCAGUAGAAACGUUUUAGAUUUCUUGUGCACAAUUCAGGAAUGUAAAGUAAGUUUUCAGUUUGUACGUAAAUGUAAAGUUAUGUUUAAGAAUAUAUUCACCAAAUCAAUCUUAUGGCACAGAACAUGUACAGAAUAUUUUCAUUUUAAAUUAUAAGAUAUGAACUUCCCAAGGAAUGUAAAUGGUCUCUCAGCAUUUCAACUAUAAAAAUUACCUUAUGAGGAAAAUUAAUCUCUUAUGCUGAAAUGUAUAGACUUGCUUUUAUUUGAAGCACUGACAUAUAAUAUAUAUAAAUCGAGCUAAAACACUGAGAAUGCAGCUGAAUUACACUAUUUACCUUGUGCAUGGCUUCAUCCAAGAAACUAUAGAAAGUGAUACCAGAUUAGAGCCAAGGUGAAAGUUAUUAUUCAAACAUUGAAAAUUCUGAAAGUAUUUAGAUGUGCUCUUAUGGGUUUGCACUCUAUUUUCAAUUUUCUGUGAUCUGUGCACUAAGGGGAAAAGGGACAAUUGAUAGAGUCUGUAUAAUCAAUUGAACUUGAAUUGAGUCAACUUUAAAUUGCUGAGGUGCACCUUAAUGCACAUUCCAGCUGUUUUGAUGUAUUUUCCUAUAAGGAACCAUUAUUCAUAUUUUGUAAGUAAAUUGGAAUGUUACUACUAACAGUAUGUAGCAUGAUGUCAGUACUAACUGCAUGUGUAAAUAAGUCAUAAGGUAAAAGAUAUAUUAUGUAAUGUCAAUCAUGUAGUUGUCUAUAAGAUUUGUAAUGGCUGAAGAAAGAUGUGCUGUUGAAUAUUGCAAUAAAAAUAUUCUUACCA